CGAAGAAGCGUCGCAGUCGUUCUCGAGCUCUCGUCUCGAGUGCGUACAUUAAUAAAAAAGAGAAAAAACAAACAAGUACACGAGAUAAAAUUCCAGCCGCUCUUCUCACUAAGCGAACGAGUAAAGAAACAAGCCAAACAACGUCCAACAUGCUCAAGGGAGUGGUGACGCUGAUAACCGGUGGUGCUUCGGGACUUGGCCGCGGCACCGCCGAGAGAUUCGUGAGGCAGGGCGGCCGCGUCGUCAUUGCCGAUCUGCCCAACUCGCCGGGCCACGAGGUCGCCAAGGAGCUCGGCGACGCGGCGAUAUUCGCCCCGGUCGACGUAACGUCCGAGACCGACGUGCAGAGCGCCCUCAAGCUCACCCGCGAGAAGUUCGGCCGUCUGGACGUGCUGGUGAACGCGGCUGGCAUCGCCACGGUCUGCCGCACCCACAAUCUGCCCAAGAAGCAGGUGCACUCGCUCGAGGACUUCGACCGGACGCUGCGCGUCAACGUGCUCGGGACCUUCAACGCCAUCCGCUUGGCGGCGGGCCUCAUGUGCGAGAACCAGCCCGACCAGGACGGCAAGCGCGGCGUCAUCAUCAACACGGCCAGCGUCGCGGCCUUCGACGGCCAGACCGGACAGGCGGCCUACUCCGCGAGCAAAGGCGCCAUCGUCGGCAUGACUCUGCCCAUCGCUCGUGAUCUGUCCAGAGACGGUAUCCGCGUGGUGACGAUCGCCCCGGGCGUCUUCGAAACGCCGAUGAUGGCCAAGCUGCCCGCGAAGGCGCGCGAGUCUCUGGCCAAGGCGGUGCCCUUCCCCCAGCGCCUCGGCAAACCCGAGGACUUCGCCCAUCUGGCCCAGGCCAUCGUCGAGAAUCCCUACGUCAACGGCGAGACCAUCAGGCUCGACGGUGCUCUGCGCAUGCAGCCUUAAAUUCACAAAGCGACUCUGGCUUUUUUUUAUGUAUUUAACGGAGACGCAUUGGUGUUUGGAGUUCGAUGUUUUUUGAUACUGUUUUUUUUUCUUUAUUGAAUUUCUGAAAUGUGAUAUAUAUAAAGUUUGAUACUGUAUUGAGAAUAAAAUUUUCUAUUUUACA